AUGAAUGCAAUUGAUCGUGCUGUAAUCAUUGAUGAAUUUAAAGAAAUUUUAGUAAAUUUACAAGCAUUCGAUGAUAAAUUACCAUUAACAUCUUUAAAUAAUAAUAAACAACAUUCAUUAAAUAUAAAUAAUAUAAACUCAUUAGAUAAAAAUGCUAGUCAUAAUAAUGGUUGUACUACUAUUAAUCAAAAUACUAAUCCACGUUCUAGCACACCAUCUACUAUUUCACCAACUAAUUCAAUACGUCAGUUUGGUCGAUUUCAUGCUGCAGCAUCACGUAUACGUAGACUUACAGCAAGUUCAAUAUCAUCAAAUGAUCUAUUACCGGUAGAAACAGCAUCAUCUUAUAUAUCAUAUCGUGAUGCUGAAGGUUUACGUAUAAUGAUGGAACGUAAUUCUAAAUUUCAUGUACUUACUAAAGGUAAAGAUUGUUGCAUUAUGCGACCAGGUGAAAUGUAUCAACCUGUUGAUAUGAAAUUAAUGAUCAAUCAUGAAGAUAACAAUUGUAACAUACAUCGUUUUACAUUAACAACAAAUUUAAAAUGUGAUGAAUUAUUAUUAUGGAAACAGCAAUUACAUUUUAACAAUGGAUUUUUCAAUCUUAUUCAUAAUAAUCAUAAAUAUGGAUUAAAUCAAAUUAGUAGUCAAAUUAUUGUUGAUAAUUCAAAUCCAAUUAAAAUUUUGUAUUUACGUUUUCAUGGUUCUGUUAUUUAUUUAACGGGAAUUAUUACACCGAAUACAUCAACUGCAUCUACAUUGAAUGAGGCAGAAGGAUUAGACUCUAUAGAGAAGUCAGAAUUUGGUAUUCUAGUCUGUUGUACAAUUUCUGAUGAAGAUCAUUCGAAUAAAAAUAAUACAGCUACUUUGGUCAAUGGUGCUGGUAGGAAUAAUAAUAAUAAUAAUAAUAAUAAUAAUAAUAAUAAUAAUAAUAAUAAUAAUAAUCAUGAAACCAAUACUGAAUCAAAUCAAGAUACAUCAUCGUCGUCGACUAAUCCAUUCCCAAUUAUAGCUACUUCAAGUUUAUUUUAUCGUGAUGCCGUUGGUUUAGAAAGACAGGAUCAACCAAUUGUCUUUGGAAUAGAUAUUGAUCAUACUAACGGUGAUAUUUAUAUUGCACAACCAGCGAAUGCAAUGAUAUGUCGUUUAAAAUCGAAUGAUUUAACUAGAAUUGAUCGUACCUGGUAUUUAAAUGAUCCACAAUUAUCACCUUACUUUUUAUGUUUAGCUAAAAAUGAACAAAAUGUUUGGGCAACAUGUCCAACAGAAGAUAAAGUGUUGAUUCUAGAUAUUGAUAUUGAUGGAUAUUUUCAUUUUACACCAAGUAUUUCAUUCAAUAUAGUACCUGGACAUAUAAUUUACACAUCAGAUAAUCGUAUCAUAUUAUUAGAUCAAUCUAAUUAUGAUUUGUAUUGGAUAACAAGAAUUGAAAAAGCAAUUUGUGUUCAACGUUUAUAUUAUAAUAUCGGUAGUCAUCAAUCAAAGAAAUUUCAAAUUAUGGCUAUACAACCAGUAUACAGUGAUGAAAUUGUUCACACUGCUAAUACUACUACUAAUACCAAGAGUAGUAUUAAUGCUUUGUCCCAUUCAAAUCAUCCCCAUCAACAACAAACUAAUCAUAAUAAUGGUAACACACACAAUCAUUCUAAUGAGAAUAGUAAUAAUAAACUGAAAUUAUUUUCAAAACAUUCCUUUACUACUGUUACAUCAUUAUCACCAUCAUCACAGUCAAUUGAUAAGCUACUUGGUGGUAUUAUGUGUGCGCAUAAUUACGGCUGUACUGUGAUCUAUCCACAAAAAUUAUUUUCACGUAAUAAAUCGGCUAAAAUAUCAUCUUGCCUAAAUUUGUGUGGUAGGAUAUAACGAUGACGAAAAAGAAACAGGGGUUUUCGUAAUUUCACAAUUCUUCACUGUUUUAAACAAAAAAAAUGGAGGAAAUUAGUCAAAGAGCGUAGAAUAAAGAUAAAUAGUAGAAUGAUUCAGGAUGAAAGUAACAUUCAAUGAAAAUUUGUUUACUCUGCUUAUUUAUGUUUCUUUUCUUUUUAUUACUGGAAAAUAAUUUUCUUCAAAUGAAUUUAUUGUUGCAUUUAUGUUUUGUAAAAAUACAAAAAUAACACAAAAAGAAACAAAACAACAGUCCAACUCAUUUCUAUGAAUUCAUAUUAAUUAAUUCAUAGCUUCUACCUGUGUGCCUCUUCACAUCAC